AUGAGCACAUCCCGGCGGUCUAUGGAAUUUACGGCGGUGCCGCCAAUCCGCGCCUCCUCGCCAUCACCCUCAAUUCCAGCUACGCCAGCUAUCUCCUCAUAUUCCUCCACAGAUCGAACAUUUUCCUCCGAGUCCUCGCGUUCCGCUUCCUCCGCCACCUCCGCAGAUGCCAGAUCGUCGGUGUCGAUAUCGACCCGGCGCCAUGGAUACACGCGUGCAUUGGGUGCCGAGUUCGCCGAGUCAGCCCGCCACCGCGACAGCGUCAUGAGCCUCGGCAGCAUUGCCCAUCUCCAAUAUUAUUUUGCCAGAACGGGUCUACUCGAUGGAAAGAGCGGGAGGGGCCGGGAGUGGGAAAAAGGCAAGAGGAACAAGGAGAAUGUGCCACGAGUGCUAAUCACCCCCAACCAACGACACAUGGAUGGCGAUCUGGACGCGAGCCCCACAGAAAUGGCAGAUCUGGGGGAGGGUGGAUUUGAGGACGAGGAAGGCGAGGUGAUGUUGCCGCCCACAGUCAGCACAUACAGCAUUAAAACGCACCACAUUCCCCCACCGCCAGAUUUGAUGUCAUUGCGCCGCAAGCUUACCCUUGCGCUGGAUAAGGCGGAGACAAACAUCGUGGCAAUUCAAAACGGCAUGGAGCCUCCUCCCCGCCCCAUCCUCCGGGAAAGUCUUUCACCCGAUGAUAUCCCCGAUACCAACGAGGAAGAUCAAUCCGGGCAGGUAGCGCCCCCGAUGAACAAAGAGGAGGCGCAGGGCAUGUGCAUUCUAGAUGAUGUGACGAAUGCAAUCCGCGCAGCCAAGAUCUACUAUACCACCCACGAGAAUGCAGAGCGCUUAGCAUCAAUAAAAAGCGAGAAGGAUAUUCGCAAGGAGCUAUUUGACGUUCUGGAGGUUCUCAAACGGUGGGCUGCGCGGCAUUUUGCCAGCGGCCUGCGCGAUGAGGAACGCGAGCGAAUUCAGGGGUGGAUUGCGGGUGUACGUACCAUGUUAGUCCGUGAAAAGGCGCUGGAAGACCUCGAAGCCCAGGAACGGCUUAACUGGGAUUGGGCGGCCGGUGACUGGACAGGUCGCGAGCGCGCACGCGAAGAGUCCUUCCUUCGCAGCCUCAUGCCUGAUGGUGCCUCCUUGCCGAUUUGGAAACCAGUUGAGGAGACUCCCAGCGACUCCCUCCCCACCGCGUUCCUGGAUCGCUUUCGGGACGGCCGUGCGCUAGUCCAGGCACACAACCUUGCGAUCAAGAAGUCGAGACGCCAAUUCGGCGAGAUUACAACUUACCACCUCGACAUUGCCAAGCCCUACCGGCAGACUGAGAAUCUGCAGUUCUGGGUCAAAGCUGCACAACUCCGGUGGGAACUUCGGCUGGAUGUCGAUGUGAUGGGGGUUGUACAAAACAGCGGAACUACUGCUUGGGAGCUAUUUGAUACUGCAUUACUGGCUUGGUGCAAGACUGUCCGCGAAGAGCUGGUCCGCGAUUGGCAGGAGGCCAACCCUGGCCGACCACCGAGUGCUGGUUUGAUCUAA